GGUCAACACCAACCUCUCAUCUACAGUAUCGCGUCCAAAUUACCGGGGUUACUUCAAAGCGGAUACAAACUUCUGGUUCGUGGUACGUCGAGUCCCUCGGCUAGAAUUCACGCAUUCUAGGAAUCCCACUCUGACGGUAUGAGUUUGCGCAACAUCUAGCAAUAAAGUUGACUGCUCAUAAUCUAGCAGGGAAAAAAACCUAACAGGAAAACAGCCAUCGAGCAGCACCAGUUUUCGAUUGGCCAUUCCCAAAGUCGAUCGCAAGGCAUUGGACAGCGACAAAGAUGACUGAGCGGCAUGUAAUAUACUGCAGACAUCACGAGAACACUGCGCAUAUAUCGUUAGGAUGUAGGAUUUUGCGACAUUCACUGUUUACAGAAGCUACCGUUAUCGCCUCCCAAUGUUGAAAUAUAAUGUUGUUCCAAUGUACUCAUGCGAUGACGGACCUGAAGCCAGUUGGAGUACAGGAGAGCCAAGAGCGAUAUCAUGUCUUGAUUUCCUCCGCCUCGUUUCAUUGGAACUCUCACCACUACAAGAGCAACGCUGCAACAUCGAUAUCUCCGGGAGCGACUCGGGCAGUCCUGUACCUGGCUCCCCACUGGCACGGGUUCAUCGAAACAUAUACAUUUUAAGGUUUAUUUCUGCCGCUCACGGAGCUUCCUUUGACCCGAAUGAUGGCACGAUCAAUUCUCGAGCGUUAAACGACACUCAGCCUCAGGCCUCAGGGCCUGACUUCUUCAGUGCACGAUUUUCAGCUUUCAGCUUCAAGACUCGCAGCAUGUGGUUGAACAGUGUUCGAGACUUCAUCCUCAAUUAUUCCUGGCUAUCAACACCUAUCAUUGCGGCAAUUGGAUGGUGCCAGACCUGGGUUAUCGCUUCUAUUUUUCUCUCCAUGGGAAAAUCCAACGAGGUUGUUGAGGCCAUUGAAGAGUCACGAUUGCAGAGUUCCUUUGUGAGAUACUAUAACGAAGCCAGAGAAGAUCCAGGUCACUCGGAAACGUCCACUUGUAAUUAUGUUGCAGAGCAAAGGUAUACGGGUCUAGCAAAGCGUACGGUACUUGCUGCAUGGCUUGCAGACCGUUCCACUGCUACUCCCAAAAAGGCCGUCGGCGUGAUGUCGAUGGACCCUGGACUCAGCACGCAACUUUUUGACCUCUAUCAUUCCGUCUGCAAUGCAGGCUACCUUGCAUACCUGUCAUUCCUCAUUCAAAUUACCGGCUCUCUCUACGGUAUCGUGACAGUCUCGAUCAUUUGGGCAGAUGAUGCACGUCUCAGAGAGGAAGCUUAUGGCGUUCAACUGCAGCAACAACUUGCCGCACUCACUAUCAACCGCGGGAUGUGGUCUAUUGCAGCUCUUGGAGCAUUCUUCCCGUGGGCACCUCUUCACGCUCUCUAUGUGACGACGGCUAUUGCUGUUGCACUCGAAUUCCUCUUCGCUGUCAGGGGAUUCCUCAUUGGUUGGCAUAUGAGCGUGCUUCCUGGUAUCCUCCGUUUCUUUGUUGUCUUUUCGUGGUUGCUUCCUAGCGCAGAGGCGCUGACACUAAUAUUUGGCCUUAUCGCAAUGAAGAUGGAGGUUUCAUUCAUCUCCGCCAAGGUGAUAAUCUUCGGGCUCCCGGCAUUGUGGUUAAUGAUCGGGCCGUUGCUUAUCAUCGGAGCAUCGUUGGGAUCGCACUUUGGCAUGUUGAAUUGUCUUGUUGCCAAUUCUAGCUUGUGCGCCACAGCUUGA